GAACCCUGGAAAUAUCGAGGGGAGACUGAUUCAUUUUUUCUAUGGCGUCGCCGUUUCCUCUUUUAAACUGAAGCCUCGUACAUUUUUCUCGAACUGGAACGACGGGAACUUGGAGGAAAAAACAUGCUUCCCGUCGAGGGAAAGCAAGUAGUGGCCACGGAGAUGGUUUGUGCAGCGGACGAGCCCAAGAUGUUGUGUCUGGUGCGAGACAUGUGUACGGUGAACUACAGCCGCUCGCGAAUCACGCUGAACCUCCCCGCGUCCACCACCAUGUGUUCCCUGUACAACGAGGUGGCUCAGCACGCAAACUACGUCCCUGGGACAUUCCUCCUACUAUGGGAACGGGGAGGAAAGGACAGCGGAGACAAUGUUGAUGUUCAAGAAGACAGUAAGGACACCCUGUUCCAGUUGGGUCUUCUCCCAGACAACAAGAGAAACCACUUUGUCAUCAAUGAGAAAGAUGGGCAAGCUCCACAGUCCACUACCCAGGAGGAUGAGGACACAGUUGGAGAUGCCCUGGCCAUCAGUGAGAGUCAGGCCACAGGUAGUACAGACAGUACCAGUGUGUACGGGCCUGUCUACGGCCCUUCUCCCAACCCCAGUACUGACUACAGCACCUACAGCUAUGCCUCAGCACUCAUCAAAUCUGACACUGGUUAUGUUGGACUGGUGAACCAGGCUAUGACUUGUUACCUGAACAGUCUGCUCCAGACACUGUACAUGACACCAGAGUUUAGGAAUGCAGUCUACAAGUGGGAGUUUGAUGGUUCUGAGGAGGAGGAGGCCCGCAGCAUCCCUUCACAGCUGCAGAAGCUGUUCAUCCAGCUGCAGACCAGCAAGAAGCGCGCUGUGGAGACAACAGACAUCACCAGGAGCUUCGGAUGGGACAGCAGCGAUGCCUGGCAGCAGCACGAUGUGCAGGAACUGUGCAGAGUCAUGUUUGAUGCUCUGGAGACCAAGUGGAAAAACACAGACCAGAAAAACCUCAUCAAUGAGUUGUACCAGGGCAGGCUGAAGGACUACGUACGCUGUCUGGAGUGUGGGAGUGAGAGCGCGCGUAUGGACGCCUUUCUGGACAUACCGCUUACUGUACGUCCGUUUGGAGCGACGCACGCUUACGGCAAUGUGCAAGAAGCAUUGGAGGCUUUUGUACAGCCCGAGACCUUGGACGGAAGCAACCAGUACUUCUGCGAGAAGUGCAACAAGAAAUGUGACGCUCACAAGGGCCUGAAGUUUGUGAAGUUCCCCUACUUACUGACCAUGCAGCUGAAGAGGUUUGACUUUGACUAUAACACCAUGCAGAGGAUCAAACUCAACGACAAGAUGACAUUCCCAGAAAUCCUGAACCUAAACAGCUUCAUCACUGAUGAGACAGGAACAAUACAGAGUAAAACAGACGUAGAAGACACCUUGUCUGCAUCAGGCAGUAGUGCAGAGGAUGAUGCCGGCUUGAGGAACCAUACCGGGGAGACACAGGACGACAUGGUAGACGAAGGGAUUGACAUCGAACAGAACACAGCUGUUAUCAACGACAGGAACAAGAAAGAACAACAAGCCAAGGGUCCGUACAUGUAUGAACUGUUUUCCAUCAUGAUCCACUCUGGAAGUGCAGCCGGGGGACACUACUAUGCAUAUAUCAAGUCCUUCCGUGAUGGGCAGUGGUACAGUUUUAACGACCAGCACGUCACAAAGAUCACGUAUGAUGACAUUCGUAAGACCUACGGUGGGAGUGGCUCACACAGAGGCUACUACUCCGGAGCAUUUGCUAGUUCCACCAAUGCCUACAUGCUUAUGUACAGGCAGAUAGAGACCAAGAGGAACACUUUGCCCAUUGAGCUUGCUGAUCUGCCAGAGCACAUCAAGAAACUUGUGCACAAACUUCACGACAGAGAAGAGCAUGAGAGAAGACAGAGGGAGAUGGACAAGGCCAUGUGCAAGAUCAAGCUGUUCUGUGUCCACCCUGAGUCCAAGAAGCUACUUGAAGGCAGACUGGAGGUUCACAAGGACAAGACACUAGCCGAGGCCACAGAGAUAGCUUGGAAGAUGUUCAACCUUGACCCUGUGAUCGCGCUGGACCAGUGCCGGCUGGUGAAGUACGAUGAGUUCCACGACACGCUGGAGCGUUCGUACGAAGGUGAGGAGGAGACACCCAUGGGUGUGCUGCUGGGAGGAGUCAAGUCUACCUACAUCUUCGACCUGCUACUGGAGACAAGGAGAUCUGACCAGAAGUUCCAGAAGUACAAGACUGGAGGUACUACAGUGAAGGUCCAUGUUGUAGACCUGGAGUGUGAAACUGUCUCCCCUCCCAUCACUGUACGGGCAUACCUCAACCAGACUAUCAGUGAGUUCAAGAACCAACUGGCACAGGCCACAGGCCUGCCAGCAGCCAACAUGAGGGUUGUGUUUGAGAGAUAUUAUAAUGAGCUCAGGCUGCUGACUGUGGCCAACAAGACCCUGAAGGCUGAAGGAUUUAUGCGAAGCAAUAAGGUGUUUGUAGAGUGCAGUGACUCCCAGGACAGUCUGCUGCCCUUACCCCAGUCUAAGAUGUGGUACCUGCUGGACAGAUACGCCAACACCAUCAGGGUCUACAUCACCCUCCCCGCAGAGUCAGCAAAACUAAGAGAGCGAAUGUAUGCGACGAAGGAGACAGAGUUGGAAGACCUGAUCGACACGGAAACAGAACACAUGAGGCAUUGUAGCACACAACCCGGCUCCGAGUCGGACCAGACUGUCACUGCCCCGAACAGCUCGCAAACCUCGGACACCCCCGCCCCCCAGUGCAAUAUGGUAGAUCCCAAAAAUAAGUUGUCAGAGGAAGAAGAAGAGGAAGAAAGGACGUGUACAGAUGAGACGGACGCUGCUAUUGGUCAGGAUCCCGCGGACAGAACGGACUGGAAUAAUUCCGCGGGAGGAGGACCGUGGAAUAGCGACGGUUCCGGGAGCAACGGCGAAACUGAGACGGACAGUUGUUACAAUUCGAACGGAGGGGACCAUGAUGAAGGGGGGGUGUCGGGGGAGGAGGCGGAGACAGAAGUGCCGCCGCCAUUCCACAGACAACCGUACUACUUCCACGCGGAAUAUUCCACAGUACCUGUUCCAGUAGGAGGGGAUCCAGCUCAGGAAGUUCUAAUAGCACAUUUAGACAAGAGGAUUUCACUGGGAGCACUGAAGAAAGAGCUGGAACCUUUCGUUGGCGUCACAGGAGAAAAUUUUAAGGUGUACAGAAGUUACGCCAACAAUCAGGAGUUCGAGAGCGUGCGACUGAACGAGAACCUGUCCCAGUUUGGAGAUGACUGUAAGGUGACGAUCCGGCUGGGCAGGGCCCUAAGGAAAGGGGAGUACAGGGUCAAGAUAUACCAGCUCAUGGUCAAUGAUCCAGAGCCCUGUAAGUUCCUGCUAGACUGGGUCGUGGCCAAAGGUAUGACAGUCCUGCAGUCUAAAGAAGACAUCCUGCCUCAGCUCAGGGACCAGUGUGGACUGGACAUCCCUCUGGACAGGUGUCGUCUGCGGAAGAAGACCUGGAAGAACCCAGGUACCAUCUUCCUGGACUGGCAGGUGUACGAAGACGACAUUCCAGUCUUCAGCAACUGGGAGGUCUUCCUGCAGGUGCUCGAAGAACCUGAGGCCAUGGUGUCCAUGCAGCAGAUUGCAGUGUUUGUGAGGAGAUGGUUUCCCACAGAGUAUAAACUGGGACCGUUUCAGGAGAUCAUCAUAGAGGGUCAGAACGUGGAAGAACUCAAGGAGAAGAUAGCAGAAGUUAGUGGCAUUCCAGUGGAAAGAGUACAGUUUGCCAAGGGCCGUGGUACCUUCCCGUGUGACGUGUCCCUGUUAGAGAUCCACACAGACCUGGAGUGGGACCCUUCAGUCCAAGCCCUCAACACCUGGCCGCUCUAUAUAUGUGAUGACGGGUCUGUUCUCUUCUACAGAGAUUCAGAAGAAACCUUGGCUGCGUUGAGCGAUGACCAGCGUCGCGACCUACAGCGAAAGGAAAACACAAGGUUAAACAAGACGGGAAGCCGUAUCUCGUACUCGCCACGCAAGGAGCGGGCGCUAAAGAUUUACACCGACAACAGCCAACCCGCGGACAAACGGUCAUGAUACCAGCUGAACGUAAAGAAAAGAUACUCUCCAAGCAGAGGUUUGGGUUUGGAGUUAUUUUUAGUGUGUUUUUAGGCUUUAUUAUCGGGGUUUCUCUUUUGCACUGGAUUUUUUUCCCACCAAAACCCAACCUCUGCCGGCACUCACCCCGGGGCAGGGCAAACCUAUUCAGGAAACGUGACAGUGCUCCUCCCCGGGAACCAUCAAAUUAUCAUUAGGGAUAUCCAUUUUACUGUGUUGGAUUAUCACACAUCUAGCCAGUCAGAAAGACAUUCAUUC